AUGUCAACCAAUCUUCCUUUACCUCAAUUUUACUCUCAAACACUUGAAUCCCUCCAACCUAUAUUCGAUGAUACAUUAUCGUUAUCGGAUGCAUCUACCCAAUCGAUCCUUUUAUCAGCACUGGACAACUUGUAUUUGAUACAGCGAAUGAUCCACUCGCUGGGAAUAUUCUCGGAGAACGAAUCUGCUGAUGAAGUCGGAGAAAGGGAAUUGGUAUUUAUGAGUUUGGGUUGGGUUAUAGGUUCUUCUGAAGAAAAAGGUGGUUUGAACGGAAGGGAUCAUAGGAUCGAAACUCUACAGAGAUCAGAGACCGCCUACAAUACUUAUUUGGAAUUACUGGAUUCAUACCAAGUCCUCACUCCGGAGGAACAAGCUGAUUCAGCAGCUAUGGCUGGAGGAACAAGUUCUACACCUAAAGAUCCAGCGAAGAAAAGAGAAGCUAAGAUAAGACAAUAUAAGAGGGAGAAGGAUUUGAGAGAAAAGAUAUCCGGCUCUUUGAAAGAUCAUCCUGAAACUUCUUCCUCACCUAUAACAUUCCUUCUUUCACUACUUCCAUCUUUUUCUAAAUCAUCUUCUAAUUCAAAAUCAUCAAAUACAAGUACGAGUCGACCAUCUGUAAUUUCGACUAAUACAGGCUCGACUUCAGUGAAUAAUGGUGAAGAUAAUGAAGAAACUUCAAGACACAGCAUAUUAUUGAUUUUAAGGUUAUUACAUACUUUAACUUUGAGUUCAUUAUCAUCUAUAUAUAUGGAAAUGGAAUUACUCUCAUCAGCACCAGCUUCAAUAACAUCUAUCGCCGAAAGAGAUCGAGAUCCAAGAGAGAUCAAAAGAGAAGAAGGAGAAACUAUUGAUAAUACAUGGAAAUUAGAUAGACAACCUUCAAAUUAUAAACCAAGGGAAUUAAUCUCAGGUGGUGGAAAAGUUUUGAGACCUUUUACGAUUUUACCUUCAACUCAACAAAUGUCCGAUAGAGAAAGAUUGAAAGGAGAUGUUUUCAAACAGAGCUGGAGAUUACCAACUAUGACUAUUGAUGAGUAUCUACAAGAAGAACAGAGAAGGGGUAAUAUAAUUACUGGAGGAGGCCAAGCGUCAUAUGACGCUCCUACGGAAUCUGAAUUACUAGAAUUAGCAGCCGAGAACGACGGUUCAACCUUAGCUGAACAGAAAGCUGAACAAAAGAGAUUGAAAGAAGAGAAUUGGGCAAACUUCACUGAUGAUAAUAAGAAGGGAGCUGGAAAUACCAUGAACAAGGGAUAA